CACCGACCACACAACUCCUCAGGUUCUGAGCACACAGAACUGGACCAAAAAGGAAUCACAAAGGGAAAUUUGCUUUGCCCGGUGGCGUUCGGAACAACACUCCCCCGGUGCGGCAGUCACCCCGCCCUGCUCUUCCUGCCUGGGGAGGGUUUCUCAGCGGGGGAGGGACCAGACGGGUGAGUGAAGGGCGAACACAGCAGCACACACUCGCGAGCUGAAGCCUGCCGCUCCACGCCGCUCCGCUCACAGCGAGGGAAGGAAGAGGACGAGAAUCGUGGAAGACAUGGCCAACACAGACAUGGACACGGACAUGGACAGCAGGCUCCCGCAACCCCAGGCUCAGCCUGGAACCUCAGAGCCUGAUCUAAGCUCCGAGCCCCCAGGGAAACCUGUCAGUGAACCCUCUCAGGGGGGUCGCGGGGGUGAUGGGGACCUCUGCCCCUCGUGCAACAGUGCGAAGGGGCCAAAAGGCCAAGUGAACGGCACCCUGGGGGACGCGGAGCUGGAGCCACCCAGGAGCAAGAGCGGAAAGGAGGAGAGGGCAGCUCAGGAUGCCGGGGGUUUGAAAGGAGCGCAGAUGCAAGACGGCGCAGUGGACACCCAGGAAGAGGAGGAAAAGGUGCUGGGGCUGAACGAUGUGGCGUGCGACGCGUGCAUCGACAGACCCCGGCAGGCCCUCAAGUCCUGCCUCACCUGCCUGGUGUCGUACUGCGGCAGCCACCUGAGGCCCCACCUGGAGAACGUCCGCUUUCAGAGCCACCGCCUGGUGGAACCGCUGCGGGACGUUGAGUCACGCGUGUGCGAGGGUCACGGCCAGCCGCUGAGACUGUACUGCUGCACCGACGGCUGCUGCAUGUGUUGCAAGUGCCUGGAGGAGGGGCACUGGGGGCACGAGGUGACCCCCGUGGAGGAGGCACGACUCACGAUCGAGAGGGAGCUGAAAGAGAAGCAGAGCGAGAUGGAGAGAACCUCGAAGGCUGCAGAGAAGGCCAUCCAGAAACUGCACAGUAACACGGCCUCCAUCGAGAGCUCCGUGCUGGAUGUGAGAGGCGUCAUCCGCCAGCAGUUCGCCGAGCUCCAGGCCGCAGUGGACAAGGCCCAGAGGGAGGUGAUGGAGAUCCUGGAGGGCGAAGCCCAGCAGGCGGCCAAGCAGGCCGAGAGCAUCCGGACGCACCUGGAGUACAGGUGCGCCGAGUUGCGGAGGGCGCAGGCCCACGCGGAGAAGCUCUUCAAGAGCAAGAACGACGUCGACUUCCUGCAGGACUACUCUCAAUGGAAGAAGGACGCCGAGGACGUCUCCCUGCCCGGGGUCUACAUUGGACUGACGGACCGCCUCCCAUCCUUCAGCCGUGUGGUCAAGGACUCAACCCGUGAGCUCUGCCAGAGGCUGCCGUCCAUCUACAGGGACAAGCUGAAGGAGACCUGCAAGAGUGAAAAAAUGGGGAUAAAAACAACGGUGCGGACACUCAUAACGGCGAACCGCUUCUCUGUGCCCGACCCCAAGGCUCGGAAGGACUUCCUCAAGUACGCCAUCCCGCUCAGCUUUGAUGAGAAAACUGUUCACAAGUAUCUGCGACUGACCAACGACAAACAGAAGGUGACCAACACGACUCCGUGGCAGCACAGCUACCAAGACAUGCCAGAGCGCUUCGAGCACUGGCGACAGGCACUGACCGUUGAGAGCUUCUACCUGGGCCGCCAUUACUUCGAGGUGGACGUGAAAGGGGAGGAUGCAUACGUGGGCCUCACCUACAAGAGCAUCGACCGCAAGGGCACAGAGAGCAGUAGCUGCAUUGCAGGAAACGACUUCUCCUGGUGUCUGCAUUGUAACGGUACUGGCUUCUCUGCCUGGCAUGGUGACGCUGAAACGCCCCUGAAGGUGGACAAGUUCACUCGGCUCGGUGUCUACGUGGACUUUGCCAGACACCGGUUGGCCUUCUUUGGCGUGGCCGAAACCAUGACACUCCUGUUUGAGUACCAGGCUGAGUUCCUGGAGCCUCUCUAUCCAGCCAUCUGGCUCCCCAAGAGGGAGAACGCAAUAGAGCUUGCAGUGCCUGGAGAUGCCCUGCCACAACCAGACCCUUCACCUCAAUCUAAAGCCUCCAUAGCCUUGGCCCAACCAAACCCUUCACCUCUAUCCACCACUUCUUCAGUCUUGCCCCAGGAAAAUCCUUCUCCUCCUUCUGAAGCCUCCACAGCCCUUGCCCAGCUAGACCCUUCACCUCCAUCCACCAAUUCCUCAGCCUUGCCCCAGGCAAAUUCUCCUCCUCCUUCUGAAGCCUCCACAGCCCUGGUCCCACCAGAUCCUUCACCUCCUUCUGAAGCCUCCAUAGCCCUGGCACAGCCAGACCCUUCACCUCCAUUCACCACUUCCUCAAUCUUGCCCCAACCAGAUCUUUUGCCUCCUUCUAAAGCCUCCACAGCCCUGGCCCAACUAGAUCCUUCACCUCCAUCCACCACUUCCUCAGCCUUGCCGCAAGCAAAUCCUCCACCUGCUCCUAAAACUUAAAACAGCCUUGCCUCAGCCAAACUCUUUACUACCUUCCACCACCUCCAGUUCUACACUUUAAUCUUACCCAAAAGGGUGAGAAGUGAACCUCCUGUACUACAAAUUGGAUGGAGGUCAUUUGACAGAUGGACUGUAACAGCAACUCCUGCACUCAUUUACAUUAGUUACUCCAGUGGUACAUGGUUAGUAUUUGUAUUGUUCUUUCUAAACUUAGUAAUAGCAUAAUGUAUUACUCAGACCUAUGAAAUAAAAAAUAAUUCUGAGAAUCCCUGCAGAGUGUGAGCCACAGCUGCGUGUUCAUUUACUCCAUCUGUCCACCUUCAGAGAAUCCACCUGUGCAAACUGACACACAUUGAGGAAUAUCUAUCAUAUGCAGAGACAGAAGUAUUAGGAUUCCACAUGUCAGAGGAUUCAGUUUAACAAUGUA